AUGUCACUUCCAAGAGUGGCCUGCGCUCUUCUACUGACGGCGUUGGCUUCUUCACAAUUUGUUGAUGGAUGCUAUACUUCCAUUUUCGCUUUUGGCGAUUCCCUCUCCGACACCGGAAACUAUAUUUCUUUAACCUCCGAUGGACUUUUACAGUAUGAUGGGAUUCCCAGUUGCAGCGUUCCUCCCUAUGGAGAAACAUUCUUCCACCAUCCCACCGGCCGCUGCUCCGACGGCCGUCUUAUCAUUGAUUUCAUUGCGGAGCACUUUGGGCUUCCACUUCUGCCGCCGUAUAGCGGUGGCGAAAGAGCAAAUCUCAGAGGAGGUGUUAACUUCGCGGUGGUUGGAGCUCCAGCUCUGACAGACGAUGGGGCAAAUGGAAGUUACUCUCGUGAAAAUAUCUCCAUGAUCACUCAAAUCAACCGCUUCAAAACCUUGCUCCCCUCUAUCUGCAAAAACUCAAGUUGUGAGGACAUAUUUGGAAGGGCAUUAAUUGUAUUUGGACCUUUCGGAGGCGACGAUUAUGCUUCUGCCAUUUUGAGUAAAAAGGUUGAGGAAGCUCAUCUCCUCCAGCCUCUGGUUAUUAAUGCUGUUGCUUCUGCAAUUGAGGAACUAAUCGAGCUAGGAGCUGUAAACAUCAUGGUGCCUGGGAUGAUGCCUGAUGGGUGUAUAGGAGUUUCAUUAACAGUUUAUUAUGGUUCAAAUGAAGAAGAUUAUGACCCGAACACCGGUUGCCUCAUUUGGCUUAAUAAAUUUGCACAAAAUCAUAACGAAUUGCUUCAAAUAGAACUAACUCGGAUUCAAGAACGUCAUCCUAAUACUUUUAUUACCUAUGCCGAUUAUUACAAUGCUGGAUUAGAACUGUUUCUCUCCCCCGAAAAAUAUGGUUUUAAUAAUGGAAGUCUUAAUGCUUGUUGUGGAAGUGGAGGUCCAUACAAUGUGGACGAUAACGCCAAAUGUGGCCAUCCAUCCUCACAUGCCUGCGAUGAUCCUUCAUCUUAUAUCCAAUGGGAUGGUGCACACUUGACACAGGCAGCAUAUCAAUGGAUUGCUAAGGGUUUGCUAAGUGGGUUAUAUACUUCCCCAAAUAUUACUGCCUCCUGCUCUACUUCUGCUAGGUGGAUAUAACAAUUGCUAUUAUGCUAUGGUUUUUGGAGGGAUAAUAAAAUUGCUAGUCUUAUUUUACUCCGAUCGUAAGAUAUUAUUAUUUAGGGAUUGUGUGUAUUGUGAAAUACUUUGUGGUUUAAUAAAUCAAUAUUUCAUAUUUUAAUAGAUUAAAA